AUGUUUCAUCACCUUCGGAGAUCUCUCCACUAUGCUGCAUCAUCGUCAGGUUUUCCCAAACGCAUUGGAGAUAGCUUUGCUCCCCACAAAAUAUGUACAAGAACAGUCACCCUCGAUGUUCACAUGAACUACAUGGGACGUGACAAGAAGAAACAACACAAAAAAGAAAGACGAGAUAGCGGACGGGCCAGCUAUAGGUUUGUCGAUCGGACGCGAGUUCGAGUUUCCGGAGGUUCUGGAGGGAAUGGUAGCCUUUCCUUGGAACGAAUUGGCCGCAAACACAAACGAAGGCCGGAUGGAGGGCAUGGGGGAAAUGGUGGAAGCAUUGUCAUUGUGGCAGACGAGCACGAGCAAACCCUGCGUUGGACGAAACCACAUGUGACUGCAGACGCUGGAUCACAUGGGGGUAGUGUCAACAAAAAUGGUCGUAAUGGAAAGAAUACUGUUUUGAGAGUUCCAUGUGGUGUAGUUAUUCGGAGGGUAUUGGAUUAUGACGAAGAAUGGGAUGCGCAAAAUAAGACUGUCAUCAAGCUGGAACCAGAAGUGGACGACGGUGGAGAUGUCAAGUACCUAGGAUCCCCCGUCGAGGGCAAUGACGAAAUCGACGACGACGACGAUGGCGACAAGUUGAAGCCACCCAAAUUGAACUUUGAAAAUGACGAAUAUGAUGAUAUAAUGGACGGCAGCGAGAACAUGACAUUUGUACCUUGGGGAGAACGUGAAAAGGUGGAUAUUGCGGAUCUCGAUACCCAUGGUUCCUACGCUGUGGUUGCCAAGGGUGGAAGAGGGGGUACGGGCACAUCGAUUUACACUGGAAGACAGGGUCGAUUGCCGCCCAUGGAAGAUAUUGCGGUCCAUGCCAAACCGCAAGCGGGGGAGACUGCCUUUUUGGAAUUGGAGCUCAAGCUGAUUGCCGACAUUGGUUUGGUUGGCUUUCCAAAUGCUGGAAAGAGUAGUCUACUUGCCGCAACAAGCCGAGCGACGCCGCACAUUGCCCCUUACCCUUUUACCACAUUGAAUCCACUUGUGGGAUACGUGGAAUACUCCGAUGGUACCCGAUUGUGUGUGGCAGACGUGCCUGGAUUGAUUCAAGGGGCAUCGGAAGGACGUGGAAAAGGGCAUGACUUUUUGCGGCAUUUGGAAAGGACCAAGGCACUUUUGUUUAUUGUCGACGCGGCUGGAAUGGAUGGCAGGGAUCCAGUUGACGAUCUGGAAAUUUUGGUCGACGAAUUGCAGGCGUAUGGGGAUGGAGACAUGUUGAAUCGCCGAGCUCUAGUCGUGGCAAACAAGAUGGACUUGCUGGAGGAACAUGAUAGGGAGGACGUCAUGGAUGGUCUCAUGUCAGUAGUUACGGAAUCGGGAAUACAAAUGGAAGGUGACAUUAUUGGAAUUAGUGCUGGUGUCACAGGAGAAGGUUUGGGGCUACUGACCAACUACAUGCGCAAAGUAGUUCAGCUCAGUGAAGCGGAUAAUGAAGAAAGGGACGAGUCUUCGGCUAGCAUUCUAUAA